GUAGGCAUACAAAUUGUUAUCAAGGACCCAAACCCUUGCCUAUCAUCGGAAAUAUAUGGAGGUUUCUACCUGGUGCAGAAUUUUACAAUGUGCAGCUGACGGAGUUACAUAAAAGUUUAAGAGAAAAGUAUGGAAAAUUUGUGGCAUUGAAAGGUAUACCUGGCGAGGAAAAAAAUAUUUACCUUUGCUUUGAUCCUGCAGAUAUUGAAACGGUGUUUAGGAACGAAGGAGUGUGGCCAGUAAGAAUUGGGCUGGAAACAUUUCAAUAUUACAGGAAUAAUAUAAGAAAUGACGUCUUUAAGGAUGCAAGAGGUCUUUUUGCAUCGAAUGGAGAAAAAUGGCAACAAUUCCGCACACUCACCAAUCCAAUUAUGAUGCAACCUAAAGUGGUAACUCAAUACAUCAAUAUAAUUGAUUCUAUAGCAAAUGACUUUAUGGAAAUGAUUCAAGAAUAUGUAGACAAAAAUCCUCAAAUGCCUGACAAUUUUCUCGAGUUAUACAAUAAAUGGGCCUUGGAAUCUAUUGCAGCCAUUGGUUUAGAUACUCGUUUGGGUUGUUUGGAAAAAAAUUUAAGUCCAGAUUCGGCUCAAAUGAAAUAUAUUAAUUCAGUUUUGGAAACGUUUGAUUUAUUUUACAAAUUAGACAUUCUGCCCUCACUUUGGAAGUACUACAGUACCCCCAAUUUUAAGAGACUUGUAAAACUGUUAGAUUUCAUCACAUUCACUAACGUAAAUCACAUAGAAGAAGCACUUAAAAGAAUAGAAUCCAAUCCAAACAAAUUGGAAAGUGAAAUGAGCAUUUUGGAGAAGUUAGCUAAAAAAGACAAAGCUGUUGCUUUGGCUAUGGUUACGGACAUGUUACUAGCUGGAGUGGACACAACAAGUAGAACACUGGCUGCCACCACCUAUCACUUAGCAAAGCAUCCUGAUAAGCAAGCAAUUCUAAGAGAAGAAUCGAUUAAACUUCUACCUACCAAAGAUACGCCUGUCACUAAAGACGUAUUAAACAACGCUUCUUAUCUAAGGGCGUGUAUUAAAGAAUCCAUGAGAAUUGCACCUAUUGCAAUAGGAACUGCAAGAAAAUUAGCCAAAGACGUUGUUAUUGCAGGGUAUCAGGUUCCCAAAGGCACGACCGUGGUUAUAUCAAACAUUUAUGUAACCAACUCCGAGGAGUAUGUGAAACAACCCAAAGAAUAUAUACCUGAGCGAUGGCUGAGGAAUAUUAAAAGUGAUCUAGCUUUCAAAAAUAGAUUCAUGUAUAUGCCAUUUGGGUUCGGUGUUAGGUCUUGUAUAGGGCAGAGAUUUGCAAAUUUAGAAUUAGAAACGGGGUUACUAAAGAUGAUAAGAAACUUUGAAAUCAGUUGGCCCUACAAAGAGGAUAUGCCGUUUAAAUCAAAACUGCUCUAUGGAAUUGACGCUCCUUUGAGACUUUAUAUAAGGAAAAUUGAAAAUUGAAAAACGCAUUUUAUAUUUUACUAUUUUGAGUGUUGUAAAAUGUCAAUUUUAAGAAUAUUUUCAUCGUAUGUCAAUAUAUUUUAUAUUUUUAUCUGUUAAUUUUAAGAUGUAUUAUAUAAAUAAACAUUAAUUUUAAUUGUG